ACACACACACACACUGUGAAAGGGAGAAAGGAAAAUAAAAGGAGAGAAAAUCCCAGGGAUUUCUCCUUUCUUUUCUUUACGUUUAGUUGAGUUUAUGGAGCCUACGGGUCUACACUAUGAAACUCUCCACAGUCGUGAUAGUUCUCCUGACUAGGGCUUUUAUUGGAGAACUGAGUGAUGCUUUAAAUGUGACCGUCACCCCUGGGCCAGUUAGCAUGUGUAUGGAAGGAGACAACAUCACUUUGUCCUGCUUGGUGUCUCAGAAGAAAAGGAGCAGCAGUGCCCUGGUGCUCCGCUGGCACUACCUACCCAACCAUGAAGAUGAGCACCUCGUUGUCAGGAUGGGCAUGAAGAAAGCCAAGUAUUACGGCAACUACAGCAAGCACUUUUCCCAGACCAAGUUCCUUCUCUGGGAAGAGAUGGACGGACAGAUCUAUCGUCUGUUGAUCCUGAAUGUGUCUGCAGAGGACGGGGGCAACUACACCUGUAAAGUGCAGGAAAUACGAAAGCACAGAAAUAAGUGGAGGGCCUCGUCGAAUGGAACAGGGAGCAUGGAAUUACGAGUACAUCAUAUACCAAGCACAGGAAAAACUGAUGACAUAUGGCGCAUGUUUGAAGAUUUGCACCUGUGUGCUGUGCUCAUCUGCUCCAUCGGGCUGGUCUGUAUGCUCAUCUUUGCCACGACUAUCACAUGUCAGCACCUUCAGCACAAACAAAGACUACAAGCCAGUUAUUACCUGGUGAAGUGCCCAGAAAACAGCUCAGGAGAAACCGUAACCAGUGUGGCCAGCUCUUCUCCUCGAAUGCACAGAAAGGAGAAAAGACACAAAUCACAGUUCAGAGACAUUACUGAACCACAGCCACCACCACAGAUACCAGCUAAAGCACCUGUACCAAGGAAACCACGCAGAACCAAACUUUUAAAGGCACAAACUACAAAGACACAAAUGCCAAGGGUGGCAGAGGACAGCCUGACAUACGCAGAGCUGGAGCUGUUUAAACCAAAGCCUGAGCUGAAAAGUGAGUCAAAUGGAUGUGCACAGCUUGAGUCCCAAACACACUGCACAGGAACUGUAUAUGCCCAAAUACUCUUUGUGGAGAAGCAAGUGUAAAUAUGUAUUUUAUGAGUUUCAUACCAAAAUUAUUUAUGAGAUUUGUUGAAAAUAUUUUGCACCUAAAUACUGAUGUUCUGGUAUUUCACCUACAGUAUACUAGUAUGAAAUCUGCAAAAAAACAGCAGCAUCUACAGUGGGGUUCAAAAUUUUGAGUCCAUGUUGGAAAUGUGACAUUCAAAAUCUGAUUUUAACCUGGAAAAUAAACGAAACGUUUUAGGUUAUUAAAAUUAAUAAAUGAAUUUUUUGUAAGUUCUCACUGAAAUUGUUAUGCUGAUUUAAAUAAA